AAAGAGAGAGAGAGAGAGAGAGAGCACCCACCCUGGUCACUUCGUCAGUGCAUAUCAAACCCUCCUUCACUCGGCGCCUCCGUACAGGCAUUUCACCUCUCCAAAAGGCCGUCUAGCUUUUCUGGGCGGACCUCUACUUUUACACUCAACUUUAGUACAGAUAUCCACUUUCUCUCCGGAGCUGUCAAAGUAGAAGAAGCGAGAGACAGGGGAGCGACAUGGCAACGACAACCUGUACGCGAUUCACAGACGAGUAUCAGCUGUACGAGGAGCUGGGGAAGGGAGCAUUUUCAGUGGUGCGCAGAUGUGUGAAGCUGUGUACAGGACAGGAAUAUGCUGCCAAAAUAAUCAACACCAAAAAGUUAUCUGCAAGAGACCACCAGAAGUUGGAGCGAGAGGCUCGAAUUUGUCGUCUUUUGAAACAUCCCAACAUUGUUCGUCUACAUGACAGUAUAUCAGAGGAGGGCUUCCACUACCUCCUCUUUGACUUGGUGACCGGAGGUGAACUGUUUGAGGACAUCGUAGCCAGAGAGUAUUACAGCGAGGCAGACGCCAGUCACUGUAUCCAUCAGAUUCUAGAAAGUGUCCAUCACAUUCACCAACAUGAUAUAGUGCACAGGGACCUGAAGCCAGAGAACCUGCUCCUUGCAAGCAAAUGUAAGAAUGCAGCAGUGAAGCUGGCCGACUUUGGCCUCGCCAUCGAGGUGCAGGGGGAUCAACAGGCCUGGUUUGGAUUUGCUGGCACACCGGGGUACCUGUCCCCUGAGGUAUUAAGGAAGGAGGCAUAUGGCAAACCUGUGGACAUCUGGGCUUGCGGGGUGAUCCUCUACAUCCUGCUGGUGGGUUACCCUCCUUUCUGGGAUGAGGACCAGCACAAGCUGUACCAGCAGAUCAAAGCCGGGGCUUACGAUUUCCCUUCCCCUGAGUGGGACACAGUCACCCCAGAGGCCAAGAACCUGAUCAACCAGAUGCUGACUAUAAACCCAGCCAAGAGGAUCACUGCUCAGGAGGCCCUUAAGCACCCAUGGGUCUGCCAACGGUCCACAGUGGCCUCUAUGAUGCACAGACAGGAGACUGUCGAGUGCCUGAAGAAAUUCAAUGCCAGGAGGAAACUCAAGGGGGCCAUUCUUACUACCAUGCUGGUUUCUCGAAACUUCUCUGUCGGCAGCAGGCAGACCACCGCUCCAGCCUCUGUCACUGCGGCCGCGGCAGCAGUGGCUGCAGCCGCCGGCACCACAGCAGGGCUGGUGGAACAAGCAGCUAAGACCUUGCUCAACAAAAAGGCAGAUGUCAAGAAACGCAAGUCCAGCUCUACUGUCCAGUACAUGCCCCAGACAAACAGCACCAAAAACAGCAUAGUCACCAGCCCCAAAGGAAACAUCCCUUCACCUGCUCUGGAACCUCAAACAACUGUCAUCCAUAAUCCAGUGGACGGGACGAAGGAAUCAUCGGACAGCAGCAACACCACUGUGGAGGACGAGGAUGUGAAAGGAAAGAGCUUAGACAGCAGCUCGCUUAAGGCGCAGUCCAGCACAAGCUCCCAGCCUGAUAGCUCUCAGGGCUCCUCAGCUGCUGUGCAUUCGGCCACAAAGUUUGCUGACUUGCUGGGCUCAGUGCGUAGGGGCUCAGGGCCCACAUCUGACUGUGAGGGUAGAUCCAGCACUCCACCUCCCGCUGUCCUCUCCGCCCCCUCCCCUCCUCACACCCCUGUUGUCCCAAUGCAGAUGUCACGGCUCACAGACCUGGUAAGCAGCGUUCGCAGGGCGCCGGCAGCCCCUACACCCGAGGUUGACGCGGCACCGGCGCCAGUACCUUGCGCCAGACCCGCCCAACCACCCACACACACCACCUCCCCUCCUCCCCCUCACUCCCCCUCCAGCCCAUCCCUGUCUCCCUCGCAGACACGCAAACAAGAAAUCAUCAAGAUCACCGAGCAGCUGAUUGAGGCAAUCAACAAUGGAGACUUUGAGGCUUAUGCUAAGAUCUGUGACCCUGGCCUCACUUCGUUUGAGCCGGAGGCGCUUGGUAACCUGGUAGAGGGGAUGGACUUCCACAGAUUCUACUUUGAGAACCUUUUGGCAAAGAACAGCAAGCCCAUCCACACCACCAUCUUGAACCCCCACGUCCAUCUCAUUGGCGAGGACGCCGCCUGCAUCGCUUACAUCCGCCUGACUCAGUAUGUUGACGGCCAGGGUCGGCCGCGGUCCAGCCAGUCAGAGGAAACUCGCGUUUGGCAUCGCAGAGACAGCAAGUGGCAGAACAUCCACUUCCACUGCUCAGGCGCGCCAGCCGCACCAUUACAGUGAGGGUUGAAUGACAAAGUUUUUCUGCGAAGAAUGCUCUGCUGGAGAGAAAGGAAGAGGAAGAAGAGGAGGAAGGGUUGAAAGAACAAGUCUGUUGUUAGUUUGGAGACAGGGCCGCUCACCCUUCGACAACAAACCCUCCCUCACUAGAAGCCCUGACUUAAACCCCACGCGCGCAUCUCUUCUUUUACUACUACUGCCCCCUGUCUGUCACCUGUCCUACAACAUCUUCUGACAAACGUCAAACAACAGCAAGAGAACGUCCAACAGCAAGAAGACCGUCACCCUCCUCCUGCUUCUUCUGCUUGGCUGAUUGGUGGCUGUUUUCAGCACUCAGUGUGAUACCUUCUUCCUGUGGUCUGUCCCCCAAAUUUUGUAAAGCCAACCCUCUUGUCCUCCUGUGAAUUCACACUUGUGUGACAAAAACACUGCACUGGAAAUACAGUCUGUAAAGUUUUAAGUCAAAUCUACUACUAUCAUUACUAUAUUAUUAUCAUUGUUAUUACGAUUAUUAUUAUUACGACACAUUUGCAAAUGUAUAUGUAAUUUGUAUCAUUGAAAAUUCUUGAUGCCAGUGGUUUUUAGAGUUGAAAUUUUUUUUUUCUCGAUCUUUUUAAGGAAGCAUGUUUUUUUCCUCAUAUUAACAUUAGCUGUUUAUUAUUGUUGCUUUUAAGUAGGAAAUGAUAUUGGCCGUUUUGUAAUUUGCUUUAUUAGCUAAAAUAUUGUGCCCAAAAACAUGGACAGUAUUUUCUUUUUUUGCUUGUUUUUUGGCUUAUCUUUUAGUGUGUGUUUUUGUGUGAACUGUGGUUAUGUCAGCCAGACAAGCAGUGUGUGCAUAUUUUCUCAUUCUUACAUGUUGACUGCAUUGUUGGAAGAUUUUUUUUUUUUUUUUCGUUAAUCAUGGCAAUGUGCGACACCAGGGGUGUGUUUAACUAAACGCUGUGUCUUCCUGCAUCAAACCUCCACAACCAAUUGGAGUUUAUAUAUAUAUACAUAUAUACUGUCUAUUUGGACACUAGAACAUUAGCAUAAUAUAUAUUUGCUUUACCACAAACCAAAUACAGCUUGUUCACAGCUUUUCUUUAGUAUAAAUAUUGUAUUAUGAUGAAUUUAAACAGUGUUACACAUCAUUUUUUGAAAUUAUCUUGCAUAUGUAUGCUAAGAAAAGUUUCUCAAACUUAGACUUGGCAAAUCAUUUCCUGCUCAGUAAAACUAUUUAUGGGAAAAAACAUGAAAAUCAAACAUGUUUUUCUCGUCACACCAGAAUUACAACCUGAAGCAUAACGAUAGAGGCCUCUGUCAUGAAAUAGCUUGGUAUAUCCUGAUAAGUGAAGUGAAAAUUGUCAGUGUGACAUUGAACAUAUUGUUUUAAUUACCAUGUUAUUUCAUGACAGGAAAAUUAGCACUAUUGUGGGUUUAAUUGUACUUGCUAAACAUCCACCUUUCUUCACACGCAGUAAGGUCCUUAUCAGUAUUAAAGAAUCAAGCGUGUGUGCGUCGGGCUUCUGUUCUGUGCUGUUCGGGCAGUCCUUUGCUACAGGGUGCAAUAUUUGGGUGCAGUAUGUGUGUGUCUGCUAGCAUGUACAGUACAUCCAUUGACCUUUACUUUUUUUUUUUUGGAGGUGUGUGUUGCGUGAGUAAUGUAAGGGAAAGGAUUUGUUUCAGAGGACAUAUCAGUCCCCUGCCUUCAGCGAAGGAUUUUAUUUUCCUUAUGAUUUGAGUGUGUCUCCCAUUUUUUUAAAAUGUAUUAUCAGCUUUUUAUGAUUCAAAGUGCUCGUGCCAGGGGUUAGCAAUACUCUGCAGCACUGAAAACUGUUUUUUUUGGAGGGGGGGAGGGGUUGACUUGCAGUCCACUCCUCUGUCUUUUGCUCUCGCACCAUUGGCUGCCUUCACAUUUGUCUCUCCCCUAUUGGUCAGACCAAGAUAUGAAGAGACCGGGAAAGUCGGUUUGGUGAAAAGUCCUCAGGUUUUUAUUUAUUUUGAAUAUUUAUUUAUUUAUUUUAGUUGAUAUUUUUGUUGUGCUUUGUUGUUGUUAUAUUGUACAGCUCAUGCACUUGUGCAAAUAGUCUCUGCUCUUCAAAAGGGACACUGCUUCAUGUAAACCAUGUUUUUAAAGGGAUAGUACGUCAAAUUUGCAUCCUGCAUGUGUUUUCUGCAAAGACCAACAUGGUGUGAAUUUCUGUUUGCAGCUAUCAGCCUUCUGCGUCUUUAGGUUAAAGUUGUUUUCUGAUAUUAUUUGUUUUAGUGUGUCCAUUUUCUUUUUCACUUUGGGUUGUUGUGAGUGCCACAGUUGAAGGUACAUCAUAGGGAUUGUAUUUUGUGUCAACUGUCCCUCUAAAAGCCUUUUUGGAACAGAUUUUUCAAGUUGAACCACUGAAUCGUUUUGUAACCCUUGUCUCAUCAAGUACCAGUGUCGAUGUCUAGUUGACCCCGUUUUAUACUGAAAUCAGUCAAAGGUUACAUAAAGCUGUUAAUCGUGCUAACCUGCCAAGACCCCCCACACCUCUGAAAAUAAGAAGACAUAGCAGCAUGUACAGUAUUGUAAGUGUAAGUACAGUGUUUACUAGCCUUGAAAGUCAAUAUAAGAUUCACAUACUUAAAACGAGGGAGUACACAAUAUUACACAACAACUAACUAGCAGCAUAGCUGGCAUUUUUUCUUUGCAUGACCGUCAACAGGACAUUUGUUUUUGGUGGUUUCCUUUUUAUUUGGUUUCUCAUUUUCUACUGAAUGCCGUUUUACUCGACCUCUCUGUCUAUUAUCUCAGCUUUUAAAGUGCAUAUAACUAUUUUUGUCUCGAGGAUAUAAUGAAGAGGAUUAUAGUGAUAAGGAUGAAGAUAUCAUUGACAGUGGCGCUAUGAGGAUUGCAACAUUGACGAUGAUAAUGAUGUGAUGGUUAUUUCGCAUGCUUUUCCGCCGGGCUCUUUGUUGUCUGUGCUGGUGCUGCACUCAGCCUUGCAUGUCACUUUGAGGAACAGCACCUGAGCCCCAGCAGGGGGCGCACUAACACAGGAACCCACAAACACACAGGUGGAGGGAUGGAUGUGGCCGCACAAAAAGAUGACUUAAGUCUCAAAUCUAAAAUAAAAUGUAGACAGACACAUCACUUGAAAUAUAAAGAAUAACUCAAAUGUUACAUUGUUAUUAUUUGUAACAGCUGCACAAUUAUGAGAAAACUUAGCAUCCUGAUUACAGUUUGACUUGAUCAUUGUUUCAUGAGUGUUCUCAUUCAAUUUGGGAUAGAAAUUUCUUUGAAAUAAUGCACCAACAAAUCUGAUAGAUCAGGAUUCUGUGUGACUGAUUAAAGUGGAAAUCAUGGUUAAGAUUAUGUAGAUGAAUUUUGCAGCUCUUCUGUACUAUUGCAGUGAUUCUCUGCUGAAUUCCUUUUGGCUAUUUGGUCUGAUGAAGUUUUACUGAUAUAAUCUGUAGCUGCUUUGUCCACUCUGCCAUCUCUCUGCAGACAGUGACUGAGCUGCACUGACAACACUGAGCUGGCUUCUCUUGGAAGGGUGUCUGUUACUCUCUCUCUCUCCUCUUUCUCUGUUUGCAACUUUAUUCAAUCAUUUCUCUGCAGCUACUCCUUUCUAAUUUCCCCAUGUCUCUUUUUGUCACUUUUCUUCUGUAUAAUGUUGAUAAUCCUCUAGUUCUGAUUCUUCAGCUUAUUGCUCUGUUCUCUUACGUGCUACACGUGUUUCUAUAACUUCAAGAAAAUGUGUUAAGGUGUUAUCAAUAAAAGGAUCGUUUAAAUAGAAAA